GUAGUAAAUUGUCAAUGCAACGCAAAAAGCAAAGAAAAAGAAGAAGUUUUGUGAAAUACCGGUGGCGUCUCUUAAGUAAUUUCUUGAAUAUACCAAAAAAUAUAAAAUUUUCCCAAAGUAGUUCAUAAAAGAUUUUACCUAAAGAUGAGUAUACCAGAUUGGAGUGGAAAUUCUUUGGAAGUUGCUGGAAAUUUCAUAGAUCGACAUUUUCAAUGCCGUUCUUCUAGUUUAUUAGAGGUGACUGGAGUCGCACAACACGGCAUGGCAACGACAAGCGGUCUUAAUGAUUAUGACUACCAAAAUCUGUCAAGUCUCUCCCUAAAUAUGAAGCAACUUAACCAAGUUGCGACUAUCAACAAAGUACCAAUUCCUUCUGAGAUUCUGGAGCACUUAAACAACAUUAAAUGCCAUUACAUGAUGGGUUUAUUUCCCGAAAUUGGCCGGGCAUGGCUCACUAUUGAUUCAGACAUUUUCAUUUGGGCAUACGAAAACGACCGAGAUGUUGCAUAUUUUGAUGGCCUUAAUCACCUUAUCGUUAGCGUAGGCCUAGUCACACCAAAACCUAAUGUGUUUGUGGCCGAUGUUAAAUAUCUUCUUAUUCUCACCACACCCAUUGAGAUCGUCAUCUUGGGAGUGAUGUUUGGAGACUCUGCUAAAACAGUUUGCUCACCAAAUAGAUCGGUACGUGGUGUGAAACCAUUUGAGGAACUUCAUAUCAGUCGACCAAUCUUUGUCUUGAAUACUGAUAAUGUAUCGAUCAUGGCAAUUGAGGGCACCGCUGAUGGUAGAAUUUUUCUUGGUGGACGUGAUGGCAGUCUUUUUGAGUUACAAUACCAAGCGGAAUCCAAUUGGUUUGGACGUCGAUGCAAGAAGGUCAACCACUCACAAAGCCUAGUAUCGUACAUGGUCCCAGGAUUUCUUAAAAUAUUUUCUGAAAAUUAUGCCGUGGCACAUAUCGCUAUAGAUAAUAGCCGACAGAUGUUGUACGUGCUAUUUGAAAAAGGAGCAAUCGAAGCAUGGGAACUGGAAUACAAUGAUAAUAUUCGACGAGUAGGAAGAGUAACACAUCGUGAAAUUAUUCAAGCAGCAGUGAACAUGGUAAAGACUGUAGACCCAACAAUUUUUAAAAAUAUCACAGCAAUAUGCCCACUGAACCUUGAUGACAGUCCACACUUACACUUGAUAGCUGUAACCCAGUCUGGUGUAAGAUUUUAUUUUUCCACAACUACUAUCUUUACUACUAAGAGCACCUUGGAAUCUAUAAAGCCGCAAGGACUGUAUCUUUUGCACAUCCGCCUGCCGCCAGGAUACACUCCAAACACUCAAGUGGGGAAACCACGACAGGUACAUUCGGCUUUUUACCACCAUGGUUCUCUACUCAUGGUGGCAACGUCCCAGCAAGAUCAGGAUUUGCUAUGGUCUCUAAGCUCUGAACCCUUUCCUCAUCGGCCUUACCUUACUGAAUCUUCAACGGUAAUGCAACUAGAUGGACAAGUGUGUGAUUUGGCUCAGGUUAAGGACAAAGAUUCUCACAAUCUCACCAUCUCACCUAUGCGGGCAACUUAUCAACCUACUAAGAUUGUUCUGCUCACAAAUCAGGGUGCACAUAUUGUAGCUUUACUUAAACCGAUGGAUCUGUUGCAGCAAUUAUUGACAGCCUGUCGAGGUCCUCAUCAUGAGGCUGUAAAAGCUUACUUUCAGUCUCAGACAGAGGCCGAAGCUUGUGCCACAAGCCUCAUGUUGGCGUGUACAGAAGCAUCACGUAAUUCAGAGAUGGCCAUUUGGGCUACACAGGCAUUUUUUUUAUAUGGUGGAGAAGCACAGUAUCGGCAAGCUGGACAAUACAACACAAAUAACACUUUUGCUGAACAACAAGGAUCUCAGGUAAUCAACACAAUUUUUACUUCACGUCCAGCAUCUGCCAUUCAGCAAAGUCUUCUGCAGCAAACACAGUUGCCUUCCACUUCAUUGCAAAAUCUUAAUACCCAAUCAAGCUUCACAAUAUCCCAAGCCGUAGACAUGUGCAGCAAUUUUCAGUAUUCAGACAAACAUACGGGACUGUACCUACAUGUAUCUCGCUUACUUUCUCCUAUAUGGAAGCGUCGGUGUCUCUUACAGAAUGCGCCUUUUACGAGUUCUAUUACACUUCAAGACUGUGGGCAGAUCCUAAGUGAUCUUUAUGCUAUUAAAGCUUUUUUGGCUGCGAAUUCAAAUGCCAGUACUGUAUGUACUCAAAGUCAGAGCAUUGCGCAAUCCUCAACAGGAUUUUAUCAAUAUCUUCCAGCAAAUAAUUUGAGAAGGCCUAACAAUAUGGCAGAAGAUGCAAAGCUGGAAGAAAAAAAAUCUCUGGAUGCUUUAACCAGGUUCAUACGGCAUACGUGUGAGGUCGUGGCUUUGUGGAAACUAAUAUGUGAGCACCAAUUUCAUAUACUUAUUGGUGGCCUUUCACGUGAACAACAGAAUAUUUUAGCUGCUUGUACCUUUCGAGAUUUAAUACUUUGUCGUCCAGAUACAUGUUCACAACUCAUUAUUGUGCUCAUUAAUUUUUACCUCAAUGAUAAUGCGAGUGUGGGUUCCAUCUCAGCUAAAUUGCGAGAUGUAUGUCCUACACUAUAUAGCCAUGAAGAGGCAGUAUCACAUAAGGCAACCGAGAUUUUACUCAUGUCUAAAACAUGUAUCGAUAACGAAGAGAAGAAUGAAAAGCUGAUAACUGCAUUGAAACUUUGCAAGGGUGCAGCUCCAAAUUUGCCACUAAAUAGCAUAUGUCAACAAUUCACUGCGGCCAAUUUUUAUCAAGGAGUAAUUGAGCUAUGUGCCGUGUGUGCUUCAAAAAUUGAUAUAAAUGGGGCUGCUUUGCAUUUCUACAAAAACGGAGAAUCACAGGAGGACAGAGAAGGUUUUAUGGCAUAUUCGGCACGCAAUGAAUGCUACAAGGAAAUAAAGCUGAUGCUAGAGCAAGUAUAUCAGCAACUUUGCAAUAUGGAGAUCAAUGGAAAUACUGAACACCACCACAAUACUGAAAUUGCAGAUGUCAAUUCCCAAAUAUUUAAAAUUGUUGCUCUUGCGAUUCAAACUCCUGAUAUACUUCUUCACAUAGCCGUGUAUGAGUGGCUUUUGUCACACCGCUUGCUGGGUGAACUUUUGGGAGUCAGUGAAUCCUCAUUAGGUUUGUUCCUCAGCAACUCCUUGUCUAAGUAUCCAGAUAAUCAACAUCUGGCAGACCUACUGUGGAAAUAUCAUGAGCGCAAUGGACAUCAUUCGUCAGCAGCAAAAAUUCUUGACAAUUUAGCCUCAAUGAAUGCCGAAAAUAUUACACUGGAACGUCGAAUUGAAUAUUUAUCUAAAGCAGUGCUAUGCAUGAGAAGUGAAACUAUUGGAUACUCUGUACAAAAUGGUGUGUUAUUGAAGGCACUGGAGGAUAAAUUGGAAUUUGCUCAAGUUCAAAAGGUUAUUCUUGAUACAAUAUCUAGCGUGGGAGAAAAUGACUUCAACACUGAAAAUGCGGUGAAACUUCUCAACUCCCACCUAUACAAUAUGACUCAACUAUACAUUGAAUUUGCUGAACCUUUCAAUCUUUGGGAGUGCAAACUAAAAAUUCUGAGUGUGUCUCACCACAACGAUGCUGUUCUUAUUGAAGCUGUAUGGACUCAUAUCUUCGACGAAGAAUUAAAUGCUAGCCCAUUAAUAAGUGCUGAUGAAAGGAUGAGGCGCCUUUUGACAAAAUUUCAAUGCCUCGCGCGAGAAUAUAGUCAUACAGGAAAUUGCUUUCCUCUAUCUUUUCUCGUGUAUGAACUAGAGGUACGCGCCUGUAAGCUCCAUUUACAAUCUUCACCAGUGCCAGAAGCUUUGAUUGCAAUGAAAAUAGACACUGAGUCUCUUUUGGAUAUCUACACACGCAUGGUGGCAAUGAAUGAUCGUAUUUGGCUCACAGAACACAACGAAUGGUACCUUGUAGACGCCGCUGCCCAACUAGUAGGUACUUUUAUUGAUACUUGCAAAGAAACAUCAGUACGAAAUCUUCGUCGUGCAACAGCAAAAGCACUGAAUUUAAUCUCAUCUUGUCUCAAUUUACUCUAUACGAAACCAGAUACGCAACAUCUUAUUAAUUCCCUACGAGAUUUUCAAGUUAAACUAGAUCGCAUUAUUGCUUAGAAAGAAGUUGCCAUACUAUCAUAUUAACAAAAUUUCUUAAUAAAAGGCAUUACAAUUAUUCUGUUUUUAAUGAUAAUAACAUGUAACUGAACAAGGCAAUUUUGAUUUUUUCUGAAUUUAUAGAAUUCCUUGUCUAAAAUAAAAUAUACCAAAUGAA